CCAGAGAAGGCAACAAAUAGUGGAACUCUACUGUGGUAUAUGCUGUUAACUCUUUUCAUUUUGAUUGUUUUGCUGAUAGGAAAAUAUUUGAUCAAUAGACUUAGAAAACGGAACGCCACUUUGGACCAACUGUACAAGGAAAACAUAAUUUCUACUCUUUGGGAGCUUUAUUACAAAAUAACAGAAAGUCCGCUUCACAUACAAAACGUAUGGGGCUGUGACAAGACAUGCCAACCCAACGAGUCAGGAUUCUUCAGACUUCUCAACUUUCGGGGAAAGUUUCAUUCUUCAACACACGUACAGGAGGGGUCGCCUAACUGUUAUGGCUGUUUGGUUGCCAAAAUACAUAAACAAGAUAUGUCUAAGAUUGAUGUUCUUUAUUUAGAAUCAUUUCUUCUUCUUCAUUACGUCUCGACAAUCGCUGAGACAAUUUAUCAGAUGUUUCAAAUAGCUGAUGAUAAAGUAAGCCUUUUAGAAAUGGACAAUUUUAGACACAUUUACAAAAUCACUGUAGAAAUUUCAUUGGCUUUUCAAUCCAAAUUUUACAUAAAGAAAUCUAACUAUACUACGGGCAGCUUAAAAAAACAUUUGGAAACUCUAAAUUCGAAAUUUGUACAACAUAAUUUCAAAGGCAGAAGUAAAAUGCAGCAAUUGUUUAGAAAAAGGCAAAACCAGAUCCGGAUUACAGAACCGCAACUGAUCUGCUCUAUGCUUGGCCUGAAUGAACUGUUUGAGAAUUACCUGCUAGAGCUGGACAUGGAGUCUAUCAACCAUCAGACACUUGUUUAUUUCUUAAACCGAUGGCUGGAGAACACGGUACAGGCUAUAGAAGAGACAGACCGAUCUAUUUCUCUCUAUGAUUGUAUGCUCAGGAUUGGCUUAUCGGAGGAGAAAGCAACAACUUAUAUAGGGUAUUUAUGUGAAGAGUUUAUCAACAUGUAUUCAUCUAUGUAUUGGCUGUCUCGAUAUUUUGAGAACCUCUGCUUGAUGAACCCAUUAAUUACAGAAAUACCCAGAACAUGUUUGUUUGAAGGAGAUUUUAACGUUUGGAAAUCUGGCCAGGUACAGCGUGUUAACAACAACGAAAAUUUUGAGCUGAAGUUUUUGAACCAGAAAUCUCCAGUACGUUUAGACAACCGUGAUAUUGAUUUAACUUGUGAGAGAGUUUCUCGUUACCUGAAGAAACAAAAAGAUAAAGACAGUCUUUUUCUUUUUCACGGUACUUCAUUGCUCAGCGCUGUAAACAUUUUAGAGCGGGGAAUAAAUUUAGUCAAAGGAAAACAGAAUUUAGAUUUUUCUCACGCCAAAGGUUUUUAUGUGAUCAACAACUUGCGUAAAUCGGUUGAGUGGAGCUGCACCCAUAAGCCAGAGCUUCACGCAGUUGUCAUAUUCAAGCUGAAGAAAACGGAAAUGGACAAUGGGAAUGGGCUGGUUCUAGAGGAUGAAAGGGAAUGGGGAGAGGUCGUGACGGCAUGUCGUAAAGGUUUUGAAAACGAUAACGGCCCAGAGGUUGAAGACAGGCUACAGAAUGUAGACUUUGUUCGUGGCUUUAUUUGUGCUAAUGGGAGAGAAGUACAUAGGAAUAACCACAACCCUGUCAUUAUGGAAGAAAGAGACGGUUAUCGCCCUUUACAGACGUGUAUACUGAACAAAGACUAUGCUCGAUGGUUUGGUUCACCGGCAAAUAUUUUUGGUCUGGUUGUUUUUAGAUAUGGCUAACUCGAUUGCAUUAUGUUAAGAUUAGGAAACUAAUUGUAAAAAAAAA